UUUCGUGCGUCGCACUUGGAGAAGUGUCGUCGUCGGGCGCACGGUGGUGCUUUAAAGUAGGCUUUGCUUUGUCCAAGGUCAAACCUUUUAUUUCCUGUGUUAACCCUGUUUUCUCGUACCUUUUCACCAUCUUUGAGACCAGCUGUCGUCUCACUCCCGCAGUGUACACUUUAAGAUACUUCCUUAAGGUAUACAGGUUUAAGGCGGGUACUAACCAAGAAUACGGAGGUGGCCAUGAUCACCAGAAAAAGAGGAAGAACCAGCCUCAACGCUAACGUCACAUGUGCAAGUGCCUCCCAGGAGAGUAAUGCGGCGUUUAAAACCUGUAAUGCAAGUGAUGCAAGCACACUGACGUCUCCAGAAAGUGACACAAAUGAUUGGGGCCUGGAUGAGCUGUUUGGCUCUGAAUUAAAUUGGGAACUGAACAACAACGUGCAUGAUUCUUUCAGCACCUUUGAAAUGCAGACAUCGACCAACGAUGACACGCAUCAGAGCCUGGUGACAGAUGUUUCGUCAUCCUGCAACGUCCCGAGAUCAAAACUGCAAGAUGUUUCCAGUCAAAUCAUCAAUAAGAGUGCCAUGGCGGCAAGGAUGAACCGUUUGAAGAAGAAAGAGUACGUCAGCGACUUGGAGCAGAGAGUCGGCUCUUUGACAUCAGAGAACCGGAUUCUCAAGCAGGAAAAUGGGAACCUCAAUAAGAGAGUAGAAGAACUGGAGAAUGAAACUAGGUACUUGAGAGCCGUGUUGGCUAAUGAGAGCAUGCUGGCACAGCUGUUGUCUAAAUUGAGCGGUGUGAAUGGCAUGAAAUUUUCUACCUCGCUUUUCCAGGCGUCCAACGUGAAUGACCACGAUUAUGCCUUGCCGAGGAAGAGGGUGAAGUUGGAAGACAAAGAUACAGCGGGUGGCAUCUGCCUGCAUGUGGACAAAGACCAUGUCUCUGUGGAAUUCUGCACCAAGUGUGCGGAGAGUUCAAGCUUGUCGCAUAAAAUGUAGGGUCAAGUAUUUUACAUUUGCAGCGUUUCACGAGACUGAACUUUGCACGAUAAUGACUACUGAGGGGACGUGACGACAGUAGUUGUCAAAUGUAGAGUUAACUGUUUAAAUGUGUACAGGUCUUGAAUGGCAUGACUGUUGAAGCUGCUUUCAAUACAAGUUACUGCUAAACUUGUUGACAGUUUUCUUCUAGGUGCUUGGUCCGCCAUGCUGGACGAGUGCAUCACAGAACAUCCUCGAUUGCCGAAAUCCAUGUGGAUUUUGCUGUGGGGGAAAGCAGAAGAGUCGGGACCAGCCGCUUACAUCAUGGCCCUGGUAAAUUUAAAAAGGUAGUACAUGAGUGUAAGUUAUCGCUUUUACUGGCUCUCUAUUACACCCCAAGACAUCAGAUGUUGUCAUGAGUGUUAAAACUCCUGUUUGUAAUAUUUGCUUACAAAACAUGUGUCGUCAUCCAUGUAAAUUUCCCGAUAUGGAAAGUACUUGGGAUUUAUUUGACAGUAGUCUACAAAGAGAAAUGGUAUAUUCAAAAACAGGAUUUUCAAAGGCUUAUCAAUUCUGAAAAGUGGCAAUUUAUUUGUGAGGUUGAGUGGAAAUCCAAAGACUGUGCAGGCACAUGGCUACAGCUGUUUUGAAAUUAAUUGUAAUAAAUUUUGAUUGAACAAACACUUAUUUGAGUAAUGUACAUUGCUUUGUGUCCCAAAGGUAUUAACUGUACUUUCCUUCUCUUUUUAGACAGCACUUUCUUCGCUCUCUACAAGAGCCUUAUCUUUCCUCUUCAAAGUGGAUAAAGAGUGGUGGUGAUUUCUCCCCAUUAAAUACAAGUCUAUAUGGCAAAAUUCCUUAAAGAGAUUGUGCAGCCAUAAAGGAGUAUUGUCAUUUACUCACCCUCAUGUUUCAAACCCAUGUGACUAACUGUUCCGUGGAACACCAAAGGCGGUGUUUUAGGAAGUGUCAGCCACCAUUCACUUUCAUUGUAUUGCAGAAGGCGGAUUCAAUGAAGGUGAGAGGCGAUUGAGACUCUCAUUCUGCCUUGUGGGUUUCGAACAACGUGAGGGCAAGUAAAUGAUGACAAUGUAAAUUUUUGGAUGAACCAUGCCUUUAAGGGCUCCAUUGGAGACAUGGCAAUCAACCCAAGCAGUUCUAAAAUGCAUAGCUGUUGUUAAACAGAUAGUUCACCCAAAAAUGAAAAUUCUCAUUUACUCACCUUCAUGCCAUCCCAGUUGUUUAUGACUUUCUUCAACAGAACACAGAUGAAGAUUUUUAGAAGAAUAUCUCCUCUCUGUAGGUCCAUACAAUGCAAGUGGAUGGUGAUCAGCACUUUAUAUCUCCAAAAAGCACAGAGAAACAAAGUUAUUCAUAUGAAUCCAGUGGUUAAAUAAAUGUCUUCUAAAGUGGUACAAUCAGUUUGGGUGAGAAACGGAUCAAUAUGUAAUUCCUGUUCACUAUAAUUGUUUACUUCCUGUUGCUCUCCAAUUUCCGUCCAUGAGGAUAAUCUGUUAACACUGCCUCUUUUGUGGCAUAUGCGUACUGGCAUGUGCAAAUGAAAGCAACACCAAUGAAGCCUGUGGACAGCAUUCUCUUGUAUCGCUUUUUAUUCCACUUGUAUCACAUCAGCUCUUGCGUGAAUAUGGCAAUGCAUUUUCCCAAAGUGAUCAUAGUGCUUUAGAAGACAUUCAUUUAUCAACUGUAGUCCUAUGGAUUACUUUUUCUAUGACUGGUUUUUGGAGCUUUAAAGUGCUGAUCACCAUUCACUUGCAUUGUAUGGACCUACAGAGCUGAGAUAUUCUUCUAAAAAUCUGUGUAUGUGUUUUUGGGUGAACACAAACCCAUUAAAGUGUUACUUUAUUGUUUCUUGUUCCAGGUAUUCCAUAUUGCAGUCCACAUGAAUGGCAAAUAUCUAAUAAUAGGCUAACAGUUCAAUUUCAGAUCAUUACAUCUCGCAAAUUUUUAGCUUUUGUAGUAAUGUUAUGUGUUGUCCUUGUCCAUUAAACAAAAGUUAUCUAAUUUUUACAUAUUUUCCCAUGCCUAGUUGGAAGAUGAGACACACCGUACUCACAGUAGUCUCUAAAAAGAUAAUUCAAUGAUUUCAAAUAAAUGUGCUUAAAUCUAUGAAUUGUGAUUUAAAAUAGGUAAAAGUUCCCAUCAGACUUUGCAUUUCAGAACUGUCUAGGUUGAUCAUUGUGGUAGGGGAUUGGAAAUGAGUGCACACAAAUGCACAUUUGAAAGUCUUUGUGUGGCACUACUGAAAAAGUGUAUUCUUGUAGCCCAGUUGCUGACAGUAUCCAAUCAAUGUCAAUGUUCUCCAUCUGACAAUUUGUUAAGUUGUACACUGACAAAAGGGCAUCAGCGUUUAACACCGCUGUUUAUCCACUUUUCUCUCUCUCUCACACUAACACUAGGGCUGGGCGAUAGGACAAUGUAAUCGAAUGUUGACGAUGUAUUACAAAGAUGCCUAUUGCGAACAGAUGAUGAUCGACAAUAUCGGUAAAUGGCCAAACCAUGGAUCUGGAAAGUCACCAAAUAUAUUAAACGGUAGCCAUGGUGUGAUACUAGCACCCGCCAAAUGCAGUGAGGCUGAAUCCAGUUUGCACGCUCUUCGUCCAAAUUUAUUUCAUGCACCCAUAAUUUUGCUCAGCUACUCGCAACAGGCGGGCAACCUGUAAGACAUCUCGGAGUGACACAUGACAAGAAAUGCUGUUAGUCACAAAGACAUGCGCUUGAAGAAACACUAUUAUAUUUUUAUAAAGCAACAAAAGAAAAGCCAUCAAUGCUUUUCUGAUUCGCUGUUUGUUCAGAUGUGUGCAGCACGAGUCUGUCUCGUGGAACAAGUGCAUGUAAAGAGUUUUCUCUUUCUUUCAUAUGAAAACCGUUUCCUAGAAUAAUGUCUGAGAAUGCUGCAAAUUAUUUCCGAUCAUCUCAGGAUGUGCUGUGAGUUGAAUUAGCUUUAUUUCCUCAUGUUUGGCUUGCAUUGCGGAUUCUGUGAUGCAAAUGGAGCUGUAGGAGACCAUAACUGUUUGGAUUUGAAUUUAGAAAUGUCUUGUUUGUUUUUCGUGUUUCAAUAAAUGAAUUAAAG